GCAGUGAGGUGUCGGUGAAGAGACCGGAGAGGACGAUGCAGCAGGAGAUUAAGCUCUCCAGAAAUACUAAAAGACGGUUAAGUUUGGUUCAGAAUGCUUCCGUAACCCACCGACUUUUCUUUUGAAGUGGUGAAAUCAAAAACCUUCUGAUAAAAGCUUCGCUAUUUUUUUUUUCUAUUCCUGGAGAGCUCGUGUCAAAAAAAAAAAAAAAUGAUCGGGAGAGGACUGUUCAUCCUGACAAUACUGUCAAACUGCGUUCUGUCAUUGCCAGUGACUCCAAGUCAGCUGGAGAAUGAGGAUGCACAGGUAAUGAAAUGCAUCGUGGAGGCGUUGGCUGACGUACUAUCAAGGCCCCACCCCAAUCCUGUCAGUCAGGAGUGUUUGGUCACACUGAGGACAGAUGACAGACUGGUUUCUAUUCUUCGCCAUCAUAACUUUCUAAAGGAGCUGCAGGAGAUUGCUGUUCAAGGGGGUCAUGACAGAGCUCAGCUGCAGAGAGAGGCUACUACACCUGCUUCAGCAACACAGAGUCUUCAGUCUUCAAGUGAUUUUGCUGCGAUUUCAGAUCGAUCCAUGUUGGAAGCUUUAGGAGGCCCUGGUGAGAGAUCCAUCCUGUCUCAGAAAAAGAGGACAGGACAUGUUGACAGAGGGGAAGAAAAGGAUGAAAGCUUGGAGGAUGGAGAGCCACAGGAGGACAAUAACACCAGUGAAGAGGUGCAAGUGAAGAGGGAAAAUGAUGAGAGCCCUGGUAGUCAUGCCUCUGAGGAUGAGUGGAGUGAGGAGAAGCCUGGAAAGAGGGAGGAGAAAGAGGAAGAGAGUGAUUUAAAUUCAAACGAGAAAUCAGCGGAGGGAAACAUGGCUAAGGAAAAAAAAGGCAAGUGGAUCUUUUUUUUUUCACGCAUCACAGCUAGCAAUACAGUGAAUGAAGCUGCCAGCUGGCACCAAAUAUUUAAUUACAAGAAGUGGAUUCUUGCUGAUGGUGGAGAAUAUUCUGUCGCUGGACCUGUGGAUAUGUUUCAGUUCAAAUAUAAUAGAAAAAAAUCCUUUUUCUUUUCUGUAUUUCCAGGUGCAAGGUCGGAUGAAAGGAGAGAUGCUCACAGAAACAAGUCAAAAGAGAGGAAGUUGGAUGAAGAAGAGAAAGAUAAGAGGUCUGUGUUUUCCUCCCAUAAACAAGAGCAGAAACAUCCUGGAGAGGAAGAAGAAGAGGAGACAAAGAGAGGGAGUAUAGAGAGCAUGAAGCGAUGGACCAAGAGAGGGAAGGCCUUGUCACUGCAGAAAAAAGCAGCCAAAAAGGAUGUACAGCAGCUCAACAGCCAGGAAGAAGUGGCACAUCAUUCGAAAGAGGUGCCAGAAGAAGUGGAGGAGAAGAAAAAAAGAAACACACAGAGGAGUCCAGAGGAGAAGGAGCUACAGAUGAUCGCCAGAAGCGGAGCUGAGGAGAGGAGGGGGUCGGAGGAAGAGGGGAGCGCCAACCGGAAGACAGAGGAGCCAGAGAUUGAGAGCCUGGCAGCCAUCGAGUCAGAGCUCGAAAAUGUUGCCCAGAAACUCCACGAGCUGCGACGAGGCUGAACAAGAGAUCGGAAGAAAACUUGACAUGGCAACCUCCUCUGCCUCUUUCUCCUCCUCCGCUUUACCAGCUGCCUGGUUUCCACAGAUAGAGCUUGUGAAUAUGUGACAAGAUUUUAUCUUUUGCUUUUUUUCUGGAAGAUGCCCUCUGGCACCAAACUGCUGCGGCCUCCCUUGUGACAUCCUGUCCUCUACAUAGAUUAGUAAACAGUAGAUGCACAUUGAAACUAAACAUGCAAACUGAAAACAAAGAACUUCUGGAAGUUCAGUUACUCGCAUAAAAAAUUCAGAAGACAUAGCAAGGGUCCUCAAGAAAAAAACAUUUCUGUCAGUGAAGGUUGACAGCUUGUUUUCCUCUUUUUCUCUCUGACAAUCACCUCCUCUGUUUAUAAAAUGUGUCUUGCCUGCUUUAAAAUCAUUUUAACACUACGCUGAAUCAUGUAAAAGGUUGAGGUCUAUCCAGAUAUACACAAUCCAACAAGGUGGGGUUCUACGAUAAAGCAUGUAUACAUGUACAAAGACUUUCUGUUCGGCUUAGGUACGCAGUAGAAGACAUAGACGCUCGCUACUGCAGAUACAGUUGGCUUGAAUAAAGUCAAGGCAAUAAUUGAACAUGUUUAGCAGUUAAUAGCUGGAUUGUAAUUUUAAUCUGUGAUUAAUUUAUGUAAAAAAUAAUAAUAAAUUGAUUUGAGUUUA